GGGGGUGUGGACCCGUAUGGGGGUGGAGGGGCCCUAUGGCCAGGCGGGGGUGGAGUGGGCCAUGGGGCUCCGAACCUCCACGAGCCUGGAUGGCGCCAUUCAGCUGCAGAAAGGGCAGGACCUGAGAGUGACCCUGAAUACUCCCGAAGACAUCAUGGACAUCGUUCAUUUCAGCUCUAGAACCUACAGCGUGAAUGCAGCAGUCAGAGAGGAACUGACAGGUUUUCGAGAUCGUGUGGACAAGACUAUUUGCACACCUCAAGAUUGGUCCAAGCUUGUGGGAUGGCAGCUGUGCUCCCAGGCAUCCUACCCCUUGUCCGGGUUGGGUGUGGCACUGCCGCCAGCAGGCCCAGCCGUCCUGUCCCUAAGGCUGCUGAAGCUGGACAGAGGCCUUCACCAGUACCUUCUGGAGGCAGCUUAUUCCCUCCAGUCCCAGCGGGGCACCUGGGUCCCCCUUGAGGCCUCCCUGCACCUCUUCCUGGGCACCCCACAUUCUACUGUUCCAAGAGAUGUCGCCCUGGACCUGAGCUUCAGCUCUGUCACCCCUAAGCUGACUCUGAAAAUGACUCAUCCACUAAAAAGCUUACACAUUCAAGGGCAAGCUGAUCAAUUUAGAGGUAUGCACAGUGGGAAGUUGGAGCUCCUGGUUGAUAAUCUUCAUCAUUAUUAUAUAAAGGGACUGAUGGACAUGCAGAUCCUUCCCACAGAGCAGAGGCUCCUGUCCCACCUGGAGGCUAAAAUAACAGCUGAAGGCCAUCCCAUAAUCCUCUCUGCCAACAUUACCCGUGGGAUGGGUAGAAAGAUCAGUGUGUCUGCCAAGCUGAAAAAUCUGUUCAGGGAGACCGCUUCAUUCUCUGUGCUGCUGGAUCGCAGGGUAGAGGAGGGGCACAGGCAGUACACCACGGAGGCAGAGCUCCUCCUGCCCGGUGUGCUGGGGGGCCAAAUCAUCGGGCUGCUGCAGCAAAGGGGCCCACUCUGGAGCACCGCCAUGAGGCUCAGAUACGGACUGCAAGGAGAUGCUCAGAACCAGCGGCAGGAGUGCCACAUGACACAGAACCUGAAGAACGAAAGGGACUCCAGACAAAUCUAUCGCCUGUGGGCCAAGCAUGAGCUCUACUGUUCCCACAUCACCUCUUUAAAUCACAAGGUCCAGCUGAGACACGAGGAAGGUCCAGGUCACAUACAGUCUGCUCUGGACCUCAGCUACGGAAAACACUGGGAUGAGAUCAACAACAAGCGCCGUGUUCUUCUCAGCCAGGCCUUUAAGAACCAGUCCAGACAUGCUCUCACCAGCUACCUGCUGGAGUUCAGCCUGCAGGUGCUAGAGAAACACAUGAACUACAAGACCCAGCUUCUCCACUCCCAUCUGCGUCAGAGGGGGGCAGAAAGCAGCACCCACUUGAAGGUCAACUACAAUGACCAGAUGCCUCUGGUAGCUGGCCUGCACUGGAAGGAUUCCUCAAAGGCUCUAGUGCAGAAAUGGGAAGGCUCCUUUAACAUGGACACACCCUGGCUCUAUGUCUACACUGCCCACAAACUCAGCCAGCCCCAGCGCCGUGCCUUCCAUUUUAAAUCAGAGAUCACCACCCGCAAGUUGGUCAACCUACGCAACUUAGCGGUGGAGGGCUUCUACAGGGAGAAGAGCAAGGAGAGGGAAGGGCUUCUACACCUCUACACCCCUGCAGGCACCUACUUGAAGGCCAGUGGCAGGGGAGUGGUGGGGAAAAAGGGCCUCAAAGUCUCCAGCUCCCUGAGCAGUGCAUGGACCUCGACCCUGCUGGGAGACAUCUCCAUGGAGAACAGCAGGCACCAGAAAGCCCUGCAGCUGGUGGCCAGCUAUGGCAAGCAAAACAUCAGCCUCUCCAGUGCUCUCAGUAUCGCAGACAAGAAACUGAGGAAGAGGCUGGUGACGGUAAAGUUGGUGCUGACGGAGCCUAUGAGCCCAGCUGUGGAGCUGGAGCUGGAGGGUAUUGUGGAAGAGCUGAAAAGGCAUAAAGAUCUAUACCAGAAACAGGGGAGAUUGCACCUCAGGCAGCCAUUCCGGAACUUUCCCCAGAGUCUGGUCCUCCAGGAGACCUUCACCGUGGAUCUCCGUCAGGCCCGCUAUGUCCUGGAGUCCAGAGCCAUUCUCAGCGGAGGCAAAGAGAGCGUCCACACCUUCACCCUCGGCUACAAGCCCACCGGCCCUUUCGUUUGUUCUUCACUAACUCACCCCUACAGCUCUGAGGUCAUUCCCCAGGAGUCUGAGCUGUGUGUAAGACUGCACAGUAACCAGACACAGCAAGAGGUGCAAGGGAUGAUGCGCAUCAACAAAAAGGAUAAACUGACAGUCCUGGGAAGGGUCCAGAACACAGCAGACACUUCUCAGCAUGGACUGACCCUCCAGUUCAACCUUACUCACCUCUUCCAGUCACAGCUCCCCCCUUCAGUAAAUCUGGAAGGAAAGAUUUCAUGGAAUACCAAUAACAGUCCACAAUUUGAAUAUUUGGGUGCAGGAAGGGCUGUGAUCAACCAUAAAGAGAAGUGCCGGUUCAGUGUGCAGUUCAAUGGGUCAUCAAAUGGAUUGGGGCUCUACUCUUCCUUCAGUCAUCCAUUUAACUUUAUUCCAAGGACAUUACAGGCUCAUGCUGAGGCUGAGUUGUCCGGGGAGGGUGGAGUCAGCAGCUAUGUCUGUGUGAAGACGGAUGGAGAAGACCAGGCCACACUGGAGGCUAACUUGGUCAAUGCCCAGAAGAACAGCACCAAAAUACUUGAGGCCAAAGUGGCCCUACGUCAGAGGCUCCUGCCUAUCAUUCAGGACACUGAGCUGCAACUGUCUGCUAACAUCUCUACUGAGAGGCUGUCUGCACUGUUAUCCCUGACGCAGGAAGGAGGCAGGGCUCUGGAGGCCCGGUUGGGUGGAGCGGUGGAGCACGGCCCUGGGCUGCGGCUGAACGUCAGUGGCACACUUCAGAACUCCCUGCCCCGCCUGAAAGUGCUCCCCCCUGCCCUGGGACUGAAGGGGGUGCUCAGACAGUCACCAAGGCUCACUGAAGGAGAGCUGAAAGUGACGGUGAUGGAUGCUGUGUAUGCGGUGGAGCUGAAUCACCAGGAGGCUAGUGGUCCAGGGAAGGAAGACAUGCUGGGAGAGAAAGCAGCUCGGGCGAGGGACUCACUGUGUGUUUACGCCACAGAGCAGGCUCUGUGCGUGGAAAUAAGCAGCAUUCUGGAGACAUGGCGAGCUGGCAGACUCCAUGCCCUUCUGUCCCAUACUUCGCCCAAGCUCUACGCCGCAGGUCUGGCUUACAAUGGCAGUGUGCAGCUCAGCUGGGCCCAGGAGGAAUGCAGACUCUCAGCAGCGGGGGAGUUCCAGGCAGGGGGUCGAGGGCUCAGGGCCAGGCUGGAGGGUCUCAGGAGUGAGCAGGAGGCUGGGAGAUGGGAACUUUCCUCCAGCUUACAGCAAAAUAUCCAGCUCCUGCUGGAGAGAGGUGUUCUAGGCUCUGCAGCAGCUGUAGGACACUACCAGCAGGUGGACACAGGGGUUGUUAGUGCAGGCGUGGUCGUCCACAUGGAAGAGCAGAGGGCAUUGGAGGUGCUUCUGGAAGCGGGCAGGACGGAUGUCAGUGCCAGGCUGGCAAUGUCUCUACAGCACCACAUGAGGCAGCUAGAGGGAGUUGUGCCCUCAUUAUUUCAGAUGAACUGCUCGGGAGGGGUCACAGUGGACAGGCUCUCGGGCCAGUGCUCGGGGAAUGUGGCUGGUGGGCCCGUGGAGGCACAUCUAUCCAAACAGCUCUUGGUGAAGGGUUCCGUGGCAAACUGGGGGUGCAACAAACGUUUGGAGAUGAGGGUAGAGAUUGGGGGGGUGGAGAAGGGGGAGCUGAGCCUGGCCUUGUCCUGCUCCCCCCGGCUGAGUGUCCAGGCCUCCGUUCAGCACUCCCUGCCCCCGCUGCAGGCCCUGGGAAUCCCGCCCAGCAACACCCUGGUCCUGUCUGCCCUCCUGGCGACCCGGCCCUCUGUCCAGCUGGACCUCGUGCUGGGGCGGUGUGAGCUCAUCGCUAUCGCUAGCACUGACGGCACCUCUGUCCCGCAACAUACUCAGUCCAGCUGGGCUGCCAACUUCACCAACCACUGCCCUGCCCUGCAGCACGCUGGUGUCCCUGCACACACGGCUCUCUCUGGCCUCCUCUCCGUGACUCCCUGUCAGUCCACCCUGUCCUGCAACGUGAGCGUGGAGGGGGAGAGCCUGUCCCUGCGUCUGGGGCACCAGUGCGAGCCCACCGCCAGCCUCUCCGGCGUCCUGACGCACUCCUUCACCCAGCUACACAGCAGGGGCCUGCCCCCAGAAACCAGCCUCACCCUGUCGGCGCCGGGGGGCCCAGGUCAGAGCCGGGUCAUGGUGUUUAAGGCGGGUCCCUGCUGGAUCAGGGCGAGCGGGGACGUGAGGCCUGGGGGGAGGAGCCAGUGGGCAUGGGUCUCAGAGACUCAGUGUCCUCUUUUAGAGGCCUUUGGCCUUCCUGCGCAGACCCAGUUGAAUGGCUCCCUCCGGUUGGAUGGCUGCGUGUUGGAAGCGGGGUGGGCGGGCUGCGGCUCGGGGCUCCAGGUGGAGGCGGUGCUGCAGCACAGGUUCUCGGCCGCGGGGGGGCUUCCAGGCCGCAGCCGGCUGCUGGUGACCGGGAAGGCAGGUCCACGGCAACGCCGAGGGGAGCUGGAGCUGCAGCUGGGCAGCUGUGCCCUCCGGGCUUCCGUAGGGCUGCAGUCACAUGACAAGCUGCGGGGCACGGUGCUGCUGCAGAACAACUGCUCGACCCUGCAGGAAAUGGGGACUCCAUCGAGGAUGGAGGGGUCUGGAUUCUUAUUCAUUGACAAGAAGCUUCUGGAUUCACAUUUGUCUCUCCUCACUGACGAGCCAAAACUGCAGGCUCAUUUGACACUGAAAACAGGCAGGGGCCAACAGGAGACACUGGUCCAGAUCACUCACUCAGUGCCUCUAUUACUGAGUAGCGGAGUCCCUGCCAAUGCCACACUGUCCAUCAGCUCAGAGAGGGGGCCUGACCACUACCAUCGUGUUCUGAGCUGCAGCCUGGACAGCAAACAGAUCAGCGAGGUGGUGAGAGUGCAGAGGUCACAGGGUGAGCUCAGAGGGCAGUAUCUCCUUAUUCACACACUGGACUAUCUGAAACACUGGGGACUUCCAGGGAACAACAGCAUCCAGGCUGAGCUAGCCCUGGGGGAGGCCAAGAGCCUGGCGCUGUCCUUGCGGUUUGGAGAUGGACUGGCGAGUCUGAAAGCUAAGCUGAGUGACACACCCACGGAUGUGGAGGUGGCUGGUGCACUACGGCACAGCUUGCCGUGGCUACAGCGGCUCGGCCUUCCGAAGGCCGUUGAGGCAGUAUGUAUCGUGCAUGGUGUCCUUCCUCAGCUUCAGUCUGAAGCAAGUCUGUCUGUGGAAGGGGAGAAGCUUUUGGUCUCCACCCUGAACAUCAGCAUAGCUGAAGGUCACCUGGACUUGCUGCUCUCGCUGGCCAGCACCCCCUCACUCACAGUCGGACUGCCCCGCAUUUUAAAUACUACCCUCUCUGCAGAGUACGCAGGGGUCCAGAGGCGUGUGUCCGCGGAUGUGCAUUGUGACGGCAGGCAGAUCCGUGUUGCUGGGGAGGUGGGAGGUUGGGGGACACAAGGAAGGGAGAUCAGAGCUGCGAUACAGGAAAACGCAGAAGGCCAAGACACCCCGAUGCUUCAGCUGGAGGUCUGGGGAAGGCUGACUGACUCACAGCUCUCUGGUUAUUUGGCUGUGAACCCUGAGACCAAUUCCUCCCUGGCACUCAGAGUGCAGGGCCACAGCUUACCCAACAGAAAAGAGUUUGAUGUGACACUUCGUCAGAGCAUACCUGGGCUGCAGCGCUAUCUCCCAUCACAUCUUGGAACCCAAACGCAGCUGAACCACACUAGUACCAGGCUACAGGGAGCAGCUGAGCUGCAACUGGGUAGGGGGGAGCUACGGAUACGAGGGGACCUGGCUCUGACCAAAACUGGGUACAGCCAAACUCUAGAGCUUGACCAGUCCUUCUUGCAGCUCAAAACCCUCCCCAAGACCGUGGAAGUGAGGAUGACCUAUGACGGGGACAGCCACACCCAACAACUGCAACAGCACGUUUUGUGGGGAGGUCAGGACCUCAGGGUCUCAGGCCUGUACACAACCCCCCCUGACCAGGAGAAAGGAACCCACAGACUGAGAGUCCAGAUAUCCAGUGCGUUUGCCUCUCUGCCUCAUGAGUGCAAUCUGGAUGUCCAGCUGGGAAGGUUAGCUCACAGGCGACUGGACCGUGUGCGACUGGACUGGAUGGGACACGGCAGCCAUGAGCAGGUCCGAGCACUCUGCUCUUGGAGCCAUGAAGAGGACAGGUGGGAAGGUCAGGUGGACCUGAGGCAACCUUUCACCCCCGUUUUAUCCCACCUUCACCUACAUACAUCAUCUCUCCAUCACACUGGAGGGCAGGGGAACAGCCAUCAGGCUCAACUGUCUUGGAAUGAUGGGAUGCCUGUAAAUCUUACACUGCGUGUGAACAAGUACUGGCGUACUGACUUCAGCAGGGGAAAUGCUUGUCUCUAUCUCUCGCCUGGCCAAUUGAGGACCGUGCUCCCCCUAGUGGACAUUCAAGGCUGUGGUUCAGUGGCUCGGGAGAGAAACUCUUACUCCCAGAUGGCAGAGCUGAACUGGGGCAAUAAGAGAAUUACACAGAGCAUGAAGUACCAGAGAGGGGCCAGGGGAAUGCACACACUGCAGUUAGAAGGUGGAGCUGAAAAUGUGUCUCCCUCCCCCUGCCCAUCCCACACCUUCCUGGCCCAAGUGCACACUGACUGCAGAAACCACCUGGAGCAUCACUUACUGCUGGGCCUCUGCCCACCACACCCUUCCUGGGUUGUGUCUGGACAUCAUCGUGUCAACACUGGCAAGGAGCUGCUCUACACCCAGACCCGCCUGUCUGUGUCAGGGGAACCCCACCACAGCAGUUUCACGCUGGCCCUCACCAACACCUCUACCGCUCAUCGCACCAACUUCUCCCUGCACACCAGAUUUCAGGUGGGUGAUGGAAGUCUAGAUUUGGGGAGCAGUGCAACCUUGUCCCAUAGGGGCCUUGGGCUCCUGAUGCAGGCCCGACUGGAUGAUAUUGAGAGGGUCUGGCUUCAGGGGGCACUAGAGGGCCGUUGCCUGCAAGCAGCUGCUGGAUACAAUGAUGAUGAUGACGUCACCAUAGCACUAUGUCUGGAGGGACGACGCCAUAUUACCUUUGCUGCCCAGAGGAGGGAGGGUGGAGCCAAGUACCAGAAGCUGGCGUCAGUCUCUGUGGGUGCAGCCAAUCAGAGUUUGACAUUAGUUGCACAAGGGUGUGUGGAAAACCUAUGGACAACGGAGGCUCGGGUUCGUGUGCUUGGCUCCCAGAUAAGGAACAAGCUGUUGGCCAGAAUACAGAACCUGCAGCGCCUUCUAGUGGAAUUCAAGUGCCAGGAACUGAGUGAGCGGCCUUACCGUCUGACACAGAAGGCUGAGGUUCUGCUGGUCCAGGGGCUGAGAGAGGCCUGGCAGGUCUGGAGAAGAGGCUCCCUACGCCACACCCUCACUGACACCCUGCCACGCUGCCUGGACUCCCUGCAGCAAGUUUCCCUGCAGAUCCAGCAGGAACUCAAGAAGCCACUGACAACAUUGGCUGGUGUGUACCAGGAUGUGACUGGAAGGUGGCUACACAUGGAGUGGCGUGAGACAACAACUCUGUGGGCAGAAAAACUGGCGGAACUGCUGCCUGUAGUACUGGAGGACCGACACCUGAGUGCGCCAUUAAAAGCAGUGCUGGGAACACUCACGACGGUUCUAGACGUUGUGAGCCAGCAAACAGCACAGUGGACAGAAGCUAAGGUGGCAGCAGCCUUGACCGGAAUCAGAAGACGGCUGGCGUCGUUGUAUAGGCUCUCUAAAAGGCGCUGUGAAGUGACGGUCCAGGUGCCAUUACCAAGAGGGCCAUGGUCAGAGAUUGGGGGUGCCGGGCUGACGGAGUUCCUUCUUGAGGAGUGGCUCCUGAAGCCUCUCCAGGCUCUUACCUCUCUCAGACCCUUAGCAGAGCUGUACCGACUGAAAAGGAGGCUAAUGGACAGUCCCUUCCGCCACCAGGCUCUCCUGGUAUCCAACCAGUUUGUGGUGUCAUUUGACGGACAUCUGUAUGAAAUACCUGGGAGGUGUGCCCUCCUCCUAGCCCACGAUGUUGUCCAGGAAUCCUUCACUGUACUGCUGAGCCCAGAUAUGACACCACAGCGCCUGCUACUGGUGGAAAUGGGAAAUACCACUGUGAGCAUCUUCCCUGAAGGGCAGGUGGAGGUUAACUGCCGUAUGAUGGAUGCAUCAGUCUCUCACACUGAGGUUACCAUAAGGAGAGAACCCAACAUUAUAGAGGUUUCUAAUCAGGAUGGAGCACUUGUGACAUGUGACUUAUCACAGGCUCUCUGCAGUUUGACUCUAGAUGGCUGGAAGCAUGGCAUUUCUGCUGGUCUCCUGGGGACCAAUGAUAAUGAGGCAGGGAAUGAGCUGCCCCUGCCUGAUGGGUCCCAGGCAAGCAGCUUGGCUCACUUCAUUCACAGCUGGCAGGUACGGGCUCAGUGUUACAGUGAAUCUGGGAAGGCAGGACUCUGUUCCAAUGCCUCCAGGCAUGACCUGACUGCAGACGUGCCCAGGUGUGUGUCCCUGUUCUCCAGUCCUGACUCCCCCCUCAGCCCCUGCUUCAGAGUGGUUGACCCUAUGCAGUUCCUGUCUGUGUGCAAAAGAAGACGUUGUGCCUCAAUCCCUGACAGCGCCCCCUGUAGGUUGGCAGCUGCCUAUGUCCACCUCUGCAACAGCAACUACGUUCCCCUGGAGCUUCCCCAACAAUGUGUGCAUGAGUGAAAGGUUGGUGUUGGGAGUCUUGGUGGACCAUAAAGUGAAAUUCGUAGCACAAAUGGUGACAGCCUGCAGUGUUCACAGGAAAAGCUUGUGGAUGUACAUGCAAAAUCAAGACCUGUGUUUUUCAGUUAAUUCCAUGGAAACACAUUUUAAAUUCCACAUAAGUCCUUGUGGAAAGUAUUGAAAGGUAGAUGAUAUUUUUUGAGUGUAUAAAAUGAGCUAUUGUUCAAUCCAUUGCAAUAAUAAGGGAGAGUUAUGGGAUAUGUGAUACAACAGCCAUUUGAAUCAGCAAUGGUAAACUUCUGUGUUUUGAUCAUUUGACUGUACUGUAUGUCAGAAUCAUACUUCAGAAUGGAAAACCCCAGACAUUACACCAAAGAAGAGUACCACCUGCACUUUGCGUCUGAGAUAUUUUUGAAUGAUUCAUACAUGACGAAUAAUGUAUUCCUGAGGAAUUUUGUAGUGGAUGAUUUGAAAGCUACCCGCUUUUCAAGCAUUUAAAGUGCAGCCUGUAUCUGUGAUCACUGCCAUAUCAGAACGCAUUGCUUCAUUCUUGAAUGCAAAUGUAUAUACAGUGAUUUAAAUUUCUUGUGUAACACUUGAUGUAGUUGAUUUCUGUCUGAUUUUGUGUUUGUGAAAAACUUGCAUAAUUCCUCAUUUUUAUAAUUGACUGAUGACUGGUAAAAUUAUUGUGCAGCUUUUAAAGGGACAUGCUAAGCUCUGCGGCACAAUUUGUGUCACCGCUCAACAUUUGUUUUGGCGAUUUUGUUUGUUUGUAUCAUUUUUUAAUAAGUAAUUGAAACUCUGGCAUAGUAUUUAGAAAAUUAAUGAGAAUCUCAGAUUCAGUAUUGUAUGUUGUAGGAAUUUGUACUGUGACGUUUUUCAUGUUUUUGUACUUUGACUCUUGGGAAUCUGAAUACACUGCAGUAUCUUGUAUGACACAGUGAACAAUGGACAGUUUACCAUGGUAAUGUAGGUUACACACACGGGAGGGUGUGCCGCUGUGUUUGCGAUUAUGGACAACAGGGUUCUGCUCUGCCAAUUAAAUGGGAGUGGUUACUUUUGUCAGGAAUAAAUUAACUGCUUCAGUUUUUGUAACUGCAA